UUCAUCGUAUCCAUCGCCGAAUCCUGUCUCUCUCUCUCUCUCUCUCUGCGCGACCAAAACCAUCGUCUGAUUCUGCGUGUUCACAGCAUCGUUCUUCGGCAGAAGAAGUACUACGCACACACCCAUCCAUACAUGUCGCUAGCAGUCCCAUGUCCUCCUCUCCUCCCCGGAGAAUCCUGACCUCGCCCACUCCCCCCCUUCAAGAGCUUCCCUUCUCGACAAGCCCAUGUCGCUCCCUUUGACGCCGCCUCAACGGCGAGGCGCCGCCGUUUCGCACCUCUCUCUCUACUCAACCAAGGCCUCCCCUCUCAAACCCUCCAGUUUCUCGCCGCCGUUCUACUCUCGGCACCUCUCGACCUGCUCGACUCCUCAGCUCUGCCUCGUCUUGCACAAGAAUUCGCCCAAUUCGCGCCACCCUUCGACCUCCUUCGAGAACUGCGGUUACCGGGUCGGAGCGUACCCGCCCGAUGGCGCGGUGCGCGGGGAGGGUGUGAAUCAUUUCGAUUUCGAUUCUUUUCUUUCGACUGCCGAGUUGCUCUGCCUCGUCUCGUCGGCUGUCGUGUCGGUCGUCUUCGCCUUGAGGAGGGCGGUUUUCGGAGUGGCGGGGGAUAGGGUUUUGGGGUGGCUGGUGGUGGCAUUGGUGGGCGGCGUAGCGAGCGGCGCGUGGGUUAGGCGGCGUCAGUGGAGGAGGGUCUUUGAGCAGUCGGGGAAAGUGGGCGGUGCAAAUGGGCACUUGGUGGAGAGGAUUGAGAAGCUGGAGGAGGACUUGAGGAGCUCCACGACCAUGAUUCGGGUCCUGUCAAGGCAGCUCGAGAAGCUCGGGAUCAGGUUUCGUGUUACCCGGAUAGCUUUGAAAGAGCCACUUGCUGAGACUGCAUCUCUGGCUCAAAAGAAUUCAGAGGCUACUCGUGCAUUGGCAAUGCAAGAAGAUGUUCUUGAAAAGGAGCUUGGUGAAAUUCAGAAGGUUUUGCUGGCAAUGCAGGAUCAGCAGCGGAAACAACUCGACCUGAUACUUGCAAUUGGGAAGACAGGGAAACUAUGGGAAAGCCGACGGGGACCUAAUCAAGAAGACACAAACGAAUCCUCGAGUUCGGCUGAGGAAGGGUUGAAGCAGUUAGAAAUAAACAAAACUAAAGCCCCUAUGAUGAGCAAGGGAACCGAAUCAUGAAAAAUUGGAGGAUGGUGCAAGCAGCCAAUGUAUGAUGUUAUGAUCCUCUUGCAAAUUAGCUUAUCAUCGCCAUGCUCCAGGAUUCUGGUCUACUAGAAAGGAAGCCGAAAAGAUGCGGUUCUUUUCGAAUGUGCAUUUCUGGGUAAAUUCCUACAUCAUCAUUCUUAAAGAUGAGA